CCUUUUCUCUACUCUCGUUAUGUCUCAACGCAACUCCCCUAGGUCGUGGCACCCACGCCAAAGGAAAAGUAACUGUCAAUUUAGAGAAACAACUUGGCGGUACCGUUACAUUCGAACAAUUUAAUGAAACUAGUUUCGCGUCUUAUGGACAAUUUGAGAAAGGCUUCACUGAAAAUAAUCCCUCCAAUUACUUUAUCCUUCUUGAGGGUUUUCAAAUAGAAGACUUUGUACGAGCAGGAAUAGUCAUUCAUGCACCUAGCACCGAACCUUUUUUUUGCGGUUUCUUUGGAUAUGUUAGUAAGAUCAUCGGCAAAAAGUACGCGAUUCUUCACAAUGAUGGUGAAAAAAUAAAAACUAUCGCUUCGGGAAUUGUAAAACGAAGCAGCUAA